AUGACCAAGGAAUCGACACCAGCGCAGAAAGCGGCCAAAGCCCAGUCAAAUGCCAUUGUUUAUACCCCUCUCACAGUCGAGGUUCAACGUGGUGGAUCGUUGUUCGACCAAACAGCAAUCUAUCUUUCCACAUCAAGAUACAUCCCACAUCGUCUCAUCGAGGCGAGUAUCUUGCUGGCCGAGGUCUACCUCUUGAACGUUCCUGAAUGGAUCCUGGGCGAAAAGAACCUGGGUCGGCUUCCAGUCGAGAAGAGAAUCGAGAGCUCCAUCGCGGCAAGCAGGUUUGCUAUUGCGGACACGGUUAGCAAAGGUGGGCGACGCAAAGUCGCAGUCUUGACGGGUGGGGCGAGCGGAUUGGGUUACAUGACUGCCAUGGCUGUUGCUGAGGCCGGAUACCACCUUAUCAUUGGUGACAGAGCGACUGAGCUGGGUAUCCGAGCGGUGGAGGCGAUCAAGGCAAAAACAAAGAACAUGCAAGUCGAAUUUCUCUAUCUGGACCUCGGAUCCUUCAAAGACAUCCGAGAGUUUGCAGGAGAGAUCUCUCGGCGAACUGACACUGUCGAUCUUCUCAUCAACAAUGCGGGUGUAAUGGAUCUUCCAAAGUUCAGGCCUACGGCUGAAGGUCACGACAGUCAAUUUGGAAUCAACCACCUGGGACACUUUUACUUAACCAUCCUCCUGCUCCAACUCGUCAAGAGGGCCCCCAAGGCGCGUAUUGUAAUGACAGCCUCAUCAGCACACUACGGCACAUCGAAGAUCAACUACCCAGGAAUCACCUCAGCCAAGGCCUACGACCGCAUCAACAACUAUUGUGGUUCCAAGCUGGCGACAGUCAUGUUUGCCCGCGCCCUGGCACGCUCGCUUGCCAAGACCAACCCCGAUAUCACGGUCAACUGUCUGCACCCUGGUGCGUGCUAUACCAAUCUCUUCAAGUCCUCGUGGCUCCUCUACAUUUUGACGACGAUCGGGUUCCAGCAUCUUUUGCGGUCUCCUGCCCGAGGCGCCAGGACGCUUGCGUAUCUGUCGUUGAGUGAGGAGGUUGAGGGUAUCUCGGGCGAGUACUGGUUUGAUGAGAGGAUCCGACAGCGCAACCCUGCGUCGAAUGAUGUCAAGAGCCAGGAGGAGUUGGUUCGGUACAGUUAUGCUGCCCUUGGAAUGCCUGAGGACACGCCCCUUUGA